CACCCCCUCCCCCCACUCGUCUGCCUCCUCAAGACUGAGCUCCAGCCAGUUCAUUUUCAUCUAUGCCCUAGUCACAUCUAUUCUUUAGGAAAAAGGCUUUUCAACAAGAGUCUACAUGACCUUGGAUUUAGAGUUAAAAGCAGGCUCCAGGCCAAGUAGGAGUGAGCUCAUUUUCAAGGAUUGGGCCUCUUUGGAGAGUGGGAGUUAGCUGUCCUGUUAUGUUCAACCUGGCUGCUGUCCUCAUAAGGAUGACAAGUAAAGCAGCUAUUCCUAGGCCGAGCUGGUCUGCAGGGAAUUGCACAAUUAACCAGUUAAUUGCACAAGAGCUCUAAAGCAGAGGGGCGGCGCAGACUCCGAGCUGGUAUUUACAGCCCGAUGACGGUGACCAUUCCGCCAUUCCAGCCACCAAGCAGCCUUGGCCGGGAAGAGCAGGGCGCGUCACCUGACGGCGGGAGCACGGGGGCCCUUUCCGGGCCACACGGACUUCGCUCGCUGCAGCGCGUGCACCCCAGGGCUCCUAUGACGUUGCAGUCCAUGAGGCCUUCGCCCGCCGCCAGAGCGAGUCUGCACCGCGGCCCCGCCCCCCACGGCUGAGCGCGAAGCCUACAGCUCCCAGCAGCCCUCGGGGCAUCACGCGCCACUUCCCCCCCCGCGCCGCUGCCUACGUCACCAGGCAAACGCAGCGUGGGAGCCCCGCGAGCGGGGCGGGGCCAGAGCGCGGCGGGGGGCGGGGCCGGGCUGGCCCCGUGAGUGACAGGCGAGGCCGAGUGAGGAGCCGCCGGUGCCGGUCGCGGUCGCGGUGCCAUGAGGCAGCCCUGAGCGCCGCGGCGGGGCCCAGCGCAGCCCGGCGGAGCGCGGCCCGGGGUGUCGCCGCGCCCCCGCCGCCAAGCCGAUGACUGCGGCAAACUGCGGCGCCACCGACGACUUCGACUUCAGGCUGAUCUUCGGGGAGGACGCGCAGCCCGGCCCGGGGCCGCCGCCGCCGCUCGGGCCGCCCGAUCUCGAACCAGAUGACUGUGCAUCCAUAUACAUCUUUAAUAUAGACCAGCCAUCAUCAUCUGUAAAUCAGCCAAUUUGUAUCCCUCGCCAUGGAUUGCAACCACACCCCUCUCCUCUGUCCCCACCUGCCAGAUUACAAGGUCAUAAAAACUAUGAAGGGACUUGUGAGGUACCAGAAUCCAAAUACAGCCCACUAGGUGGACCCAAACCAUUUGAGUGCCCUAGUAUUCAAAUUACAUCUAUAUCUCCUAAUUGUCAUCAAGGAAUUGAAGCCAGCGAGGAUGACUUGCACACAAAUGGCACAGAAAAUGAAUAUAUGGAAAGGCCUUCAAGGGACCACCUAUAUCUUCCUCUUGAGCCAUCAUACAGGGAAUCAUCCCUUAGUCCAAGCCCUGCCAGCAGCAUUUCCUCCAGGAGCUGGUUCUCAGAUGCUUCCUCUUGUGAAUCCAUUUCUCAUGUUUAUGAUGAUGUAGACUCUGAGCUUAAUGAAGCUGCUGCUAGAUUUACCCUCGGAUCUCCUUUGGCAUCUCCUGGCGGUUCUCCAAGAGGUCCAGGGGAUGACACUUGGCAACAGCCUUAUGGAUUUGGGCAUGCCUUAUCACCUAGACAAUCUCCUUGUCAUUCUCCUAGAACUAGUAUUACAGAUGAAAACUGGCUAAGCCCAAGACCACCAUCAAGGCCCUCUUCAAGACCUACAUCCCCCUGUGGGAAGCGGCGACACUCCAGUGCCGAGAUUUGUUAUGCUGGUUCUCUGUCUCCCCAUCAUUCUCCAACUCCAUCACCUGGCCACUCUCCCAGGGGAAGUAUAACAGAAGAUACGUGGCUAAAUACUUCUCUUCAUAGUGUACAAGGUCUUAAUUCUGGCCUGUCACCAUUUCAGUGUUGUACAGAGACUGACAUCCCUCUUAAAACAAGAAAGACCUCUGAGGAUCAAACUGCCACUUUAUCAGGAAAAAUAGACCUCUGUUCUGAAGAACAGGGUAGUUUAUCACCAUCCCUUGAAACUGCAGUGGAUGAUUGCUCAGGAUCGCAACACGUGUUAAAAAAGGAUUUGCCUACUGACCAAUUCCUCUCUGUUCCUUCGCACUUUACUUGGAACAAACCAAAGCCUGGCCAUACUCCUAUUUUUCGUACAUCUUCAUUGCCACCACUAGACUGGCCUUUACCAAGUCGUUAUGAACAAUGUGAGCUGAAAAUAGAAGUGCAGCCUAAAACUCACCAUAGGGCUCAUUAUGAAACUGAAGGCAGUAGAGGAGCAGUAAAAGCAUCCACAGGUGGACACCCUGUCGUGAAGCUCCUGGGCUACAACGAAAAACAAGUAAACCUACAGAUGUUCAUUGGCACAGCAGAUGAUCGCUACUUACGACCUCAUGCAUUCUACCAGGUGCACCGAAUCACUGGGAAAACAGUUGCUACUGCUAGCCAAGAGAUAAUAAUUGCCAGCACAAAAGUUUUGGAAAUUCCACUUCUUCCUGAAAAUAAAAUGUCGGCUAGUAUUGAUUGUGCAGGUAUUUUGAAACUUCGCAAUUCAGAUAUAGAGCUCCGUAAAGGAGAGACAGAUAUUGGAAGAAAGAACACCAGAGUGCGUCUUGUGUUUCGAGUUCACAUCCCACAGACUGGUGGAAAAGUCUUGUCUCUACAAACCGCUUCCAUACCUGUUGAAUGCUCUCAGCGAUCUGCUCAAGAACUUCCUCAGAUUGAAAAAUACAGCAUCAACAGUUGUUCUGUAAAUGGAGGCCAAGAAAUGGUUGUGACUGGAUCUAAUUUUCUCCCAGAAUCAAAAAUCAUAUUUUUUGAAAAAGGACAAGAUGGUCGACCUCAGUGGGAGGUAGAAGGGAAAAUAAUUAGGGAAAAGUGUCAAGGGACUAACAUUGUUCUUGAAGUUCCUCCAUACCAUAACAAAGCCAUUACAGCUGCAGUCCAGGUGCAGUUUUAUCUUUGCAAUGGCAAGAGGAAAAAAAGCCAGUCUCAACGAUUUAAUUACACACCAGUUGUAAUGAAACAAGAGCACAGAGAUGAGAUGGAUUUGUCUGCCGUUCCAUCUUUGACCCUGCCUCAUACUGGUAGCGUUCAGGGCCUACAUUCUAUCCGAACUCAGCUGCCUUCAUCAGAUCCAGGGCACCCACAUGAUAGUUUACUGUCUACGUCACCCAGGAGCCUUGUGUGUCCUGUUCAGCAGCCAUAUACAUCCAUGGUGACCUCAGCAGUUCCCCAUCUGUCUCACAUUCAAGGUAGAACCAUCAGUCCAGGUGAGGAGUGUCAUGUUUUGCCUCCUGCUGUGGUUCAGUCUUUUCAAGUAACAUCAGCACCUCCAGUGAGGCCUUCUUACCAGCCUAUGCAAACUAAUGUUAUAUAUAAUGGACAAUCUGGUCUUCCCAUGAACUCUGCUUCUAGCCAAGGAUUUGAUGCUAUUUCAUUUCAACAAGAUGCAGCUAUACCUCAUUUGAUAAAUCUUAGCUGCCAACCUCUGACACCCAUGCAGUUCCAUUCUUCAAAUCCAGGGUCAGUGGCAACUUCAACUACAGCAGGACAUUCUUUGGCACACCCAGCUCAUUCAGGACCAUCAUCCCCUCACCUGCAGUCAAUGGGAUACCAUUGUCCAAACACUGGACAAGCUUCUGUCUCCUCAACAAUGAACCGGAGCCUUGGACAACCUUCCUCUCAGCUGCAGCAAGUCACAUACCAUUCAUCAAACCCAGGGUCUGCUUCAUCACCAUCCCCAACAACUUCCCAUCCUUUGGUCCAUUCACCACUGUCCGGACCAUCUUCUCCACAGCUACAGUCUAUGCCUUAUCAGUCUCCUAGCUCAGGACCUGCACCAUCGCCACCUCCAACAUCUGUAAGUCACUCUGGACAACAUUCUCCUCAAGCACAUAGUCCAGGAUUGGGAGGUCUUAAUGCAACUUCUUCAUUAGUACAUCACAGUGUAUGCGAUUCAUCUCCAUUUUCAUCAGAUGCGGCAGCUAUUAACAUCAAACCAGAACCUGAAGAUAGAGAGUUAAAUUUUCAAACAAUAGGAUUGCAGGACAUCACACUAGAUGACGACAGUUUUAUCUCUGACCUGGAAUACCAGCCAUCAGGUUCAGCAGAGAAAUGGACUCAACUUUCAGCAUUCAUAUCCAACUCGUAUGUGGAAAAUCUAGAGGUGAAUGAGAUCAUAGGAAGAGAUAUGUCACAGAUCUCCGUGACACAUGGAGCAACAGUGGCCAGCCAAUCUCCACAUGUAUGCCCUGGAUCUCUGGAGACAGAAAUAUUGGAUGAAGUCCAAUAGUGGAUAAGCUUACAACUAAACACCUAAGGAAUUCUGCAGUUUUCUCUGAAAAAAAUCUUUAUCCCCCUUUCUUACACUUUUACUGUGCUUCCAACUCUGUGGCCUUUAUGAACUGGAACAGCAGAUCCUUGCAUAGCCCUUUUAGUGGGUUACACUUUUAAUGUGGAGUGAGAGCAUUUUUAAUUCUAGUUCCUCAGAUGCUGUAAAAAGUGACUUGGUGAAUGGACAUAAGCAAUGAGAUGUUUUAACUGUUUAAACAUUAAAUGCAAGCUUUGCUUUUUUGCAUUUGAAUAUAGAGUACUUUUAUAUUGUAAGUGCUUCAAAAGUGUGGAGAUGUUAGAUUUGCUCUUAUAAUAUUCACAGUACUGAAUGUGAAAAAAAGAUUUAAUAUGCAUCUUCAGUGUUCUGCUUUCCCUUAGAAAAGGUAGUAUAGUUGUAAUUGAUGAUUUGUACACCUUUUAGUCAUUUUGGAAAGCCUUUAAGCUUAUAUUGUUUAACAGAUAAUUUUUUACAAUGAAAAAUCUUCCAGAGGCAAAACAUAAUAGUCAUCCUAAGCCAAUGCCUUGGAAGCCAUUCUGUAUAAAAUACUUUAUAGUUUUCUUUCUUAGAUUCAUAGGAAGCAAAGCCAAAUGUAGAUCUGCACUUCUUUAUAAAAUGAAAAUGCAAUUUGAUAGGCUACAAAGAGACCAUUCCAUCAUGGAAGUGUUCGGGACAGAAAUGACAUUCCAAAAAUUUAUCUUUUAUAACUUUAUGGAUAAUCUUCCUGUGCUUUGUUAGCACAGACUUCUUACUGAAAUACCGUUUUUCAUAGAAAUGUUAUAUUUGUAAUGAGAGUUGAGAACUAGAAUUUUAGAGUAAAGAACAUUAAUGUCAAAGCCAUGUUAGAAGAGGGUAAAUUUUUCAUAUGUGAAGACAAUUUAGGUGUCUGUUAUCCCUAUGGAAUAUUGUUUUAAGAUCAGUGUUCAAUGGCAGUAGUUUUCCAUGCGCCAGGUAACUUGCUCACAUUCAUAUUUUAUAUGCUGUCUAAACAAUGCCACUUUGAAAUGCAGUUGAUGAAAUUAUAUUAUACACUUAAAAUUGGACUGCUAGACACUUGAACUUGCUAAAACAAGUUUGCUGUGCUUUAACAGUAGUAUAUAAACUAAUUUGCCCACAUUUAAUGGUAAAUUUGUAAAACAGGACUUACUUCACAGUCAAAUAUGUAACACAGUGUCUUGUGGCAUUAAUCUUACAGAUCAUGUGAAAGGAUGCAUUUCCCUCAUGUACUUACUUAAUCUGAUAGUACUGUUUACACUAUACGGUUCUUAAAAUCUUGGGCCUCUAUGAUUAGAAACCUAGGCAAGGACCCAUAACUGCCUACUUAGGCCACAUUAUGUAUUUCCCAAGAGGUCAUAGUUUACAGACCUUUCCAAUGGAACAUACAGGGUGUACAAAAAGUAAGUCAUAUAUAUAUAUCUCAAAAUAAGCUCCAAAGUACACUGUACUUCAGAUUAUUUUUAAUUUAUAGGCCAUUUUUAGUUCCUCAGUUGAAUGAACCUUACGUUCUAGUGAAAAAAAGCAGCAAAUACAUUUGGCCUUAAUUAUUCAAAUAUAGGGAGGGAAGGGGGAAUCAUGCUGAAAUUAGUUCAGGUAUUUCAGGGAAUUUUCAAUAAAUUUAAUGUAGGUAGACAUGUGUCCUCUAUGUCUCACUUUUAGAGAAAUGAAUCUACCAGCUCAAGUUUUGACAUUUUACUUAUCUGAUUUUAUAGAAAUGCAGUAAAACACAAAAGAAAAAGCCUUAAAUUAACAUCAUUAUUGAGUUCAUUGUGAAUCCAUUAAAGUAAAUAUCCAUUUUGUGAUACCUAUAUGUUGACAAAGCAGCCUAGGGAAAUUUUACAUGGACCCUCUUGUAAAUGAAUCAUCAAUUUAUUCACAUAAAUGUGAAUAUAAUAUCCUAGCAAAACUGUUAAACUGGAAAUACCAUGCCUUUAUAUUUGUUGGAUCAUGGACCUUUAGAAGACCUACAUUUUAAAUGGAUAAAAUUGAAAUUUUCUUCCAUGAAUUACUGUGUUUAAACAAACUAGUGGCUUUUAAAAAUUCAACAAAGGGUCAUUGUGUUGGGGGCUCAGAACUUUAAAAUUUGAAAUAAGUUUAUGCAAGGCCACUUUACUUGUACAUACAUUUCUGAAAAACUGUACUCUGGGAAACUAAGCAUCCUUUCAGUGAACGUACUGUAAAAAUAUAUAAAUCUCAAAAUCCAAAUAAGUUCUUUUUGGCAGUUCUUUAAAGGGUGAUAUUAAAACUAUCCCUCACUGGUGCUUCUUUACUCUGUCCUCUACUCACAUUAAGUUUAAACAUCCUAAAAAGGGUUGAAGUGUUCAGAAAUACAGCUAGUUAUGUUUUUAUAACACUUUUUGAAACACUGUAAGCUGUGUAACUGUCUUUAGACUGUGUGCUGGUGGCAAGGUGUGUUCCAGUUUUCAUUAAUGUACCAGAUCUUCUGCAUUAAUCAAUAUUUUAGGGGAAUUCUAACUUAUGAGCUGUCCAUAAUGUGUGGGUUUUGUGCUCCUUACUGACUGGUACAGCCUCUUCUCCUUGCAAGUCCUGUUAGUGAGUAGCUGAAAUUCAUACUGUACCUAAAAUAUGGGAGCCCAUACAAUCCAGAGUUGCUAUGCACUAAAUCUUCUGAUGCCUUUAAAUACCUUGAUGCCUGUAGACAUAGAAAUGCUUUCCUAUUUAAAAAAAUAAAAAUAUAGCUUUGGUUACUAAAGCAGUUUUGUAUUUGCCUUGUAAAAGCUUCAAUACAAGGGUCUUAAUUUUUUUGGCUUGUGUGAUACUAUAGAUAAAGACUGUUAAUCUUGAGUAAUGUAGUGGUAUAAAAGCACACAAUCUCCAUUGGACUAUGCAAAUUUAAAUUUAUAACAGUACCCUGUAAUUUGAUAUUUUGUUGGCAUCCACUUUCUUGUCCAUCUUUUUCCCCCUGCCAUAACCACCUCCAAAACUCUGCUUUCCAGUUUGAUUUUUAGAUAUUAAAUCAAGGAAAGCCUCAUUGAUAAAAUUGCUUUUUUCUACAAAGAAGGUGGAGGAUCAAUGUUAGGAAUACAAAUCAAAGAAUGGUAUUUAGCACAUUAAAUAUGGUCUAUGAAUAAGUACCAUUUCUGAAAUUAACCUUAAAACUGGCAAUCAAUCAGACUUCCUCUAUUAAACCUUUCAUUAUAUCAGUGGAACUGCCAUUCUUUUUAAAACCAAAGAUUGAAGAGAUAAAAUGACAGCUUGUUCUGAUGCAAACAAUGCUUUGAAACUCUAUUUUUGAUACACAUAAUGGGUGUCAUUCCUUGAAGUUUGGAAAUCAUUCAGCAAAUUGAAGUUUUAUAUUUAAAAAUAUGGGACAAUAAAGAUUAAGUUCUAGAUGUUUACAGAG